UCUGUGCCCGGCGAGCUGCGCUCAGCCGCCGGCUCCGGCAGGCGCCGUCCCGUCCCCGCUGGAGGCACAAGGAGCAGGUUUUGGGGGUGCCAAGGCAGGAAGGGGGGAUUUGGUCUCUGGAGCAGAUGAGGAGCCGAUCCCCGUGUGCCAGCCCCGGGCAGGACGUGGCAGCAUGUGGCAGCACCGCGGAGAAAGGAAGGAGGAAGAGCUGGAGGGAGCCGCCAAGAGCCCAGACACCAAAGCUGCUGGCGCAGGGUGGGCUUGGGGAGUGGUGUUUCACUUCUUCCUGGUCAAUGUGCUUGUGAUGGGGAUGCUCAAGACCUUUGGGAUCUUCUUCGUGGCUUUCCGGGAGGAGGUGGGCGGCUCCUCGGAGCAGGUCAGCUGGAUCGGCUCCACCAUGUCCUCCCUGCGCUUCCUGGGGGCCCCGCUGGUGUCUGUGCUGUGCAGGAGGUUGGGCGAGCGGCCGAUCUCCGUCCUCGGGGCCGGGCUGGUGGCAGGGGGCUGCCUGCUCAGCACCCAGGCCAGCAGCAUCCCCUUCCUCUGCAUCUCCAUGGGCCUCCUCCUGGGGCUGGGGUUCUCGUGCCUGUACCAGGCAGCCGCGGUGAUGAUGGCCAAGCGCUGCGGGCCCCGCCUGGCCUUCUGCAACGCCAUCGCCCGCUCGGGCAUGGGCCUGACCUUCCUGCUCGCGCCCUUCACACAGCUCCUCAUCCAGUCCUACGGCUGGCAAGGUGCUCUGCUCAUUUUUGGAGGCAUCAUGCUGAACCUUGUGCCUUCCAGCAUGCUGCUGUGGCCCGUCAGCACUCAGCCUCCUCCCGGCUCCCCUGCGACGAAGCAACACCGUGGGUCUCUGACAGCAAAGAAGGAUCCAGAAGCCCUUGAGGGAUGCUCAGGUGAAACCACUCACAGGGAGACCCAGCUUCCCAGUGCACAGGAGCUUCCCAGCACAGAGGGACCCCUGAGGUCCCAUGGCAGAGAUGUGUGUGGUUUGGAAAGGCUCGAGAAACCCUCCAGGGCCAGCAGCUCGCCACCAACAGCCCCUGAGGCCAAGGAAAGCUACAAACCCCUUCCCCUGAGCAAGAAAGAACAUUCACAGCCUCUCCUGGACUUCUCCCCACUGAAGGAUCCCAUAUUCUUCAUUUUCACCUGGUCUUUUCUGUUCAGCCACUUGGCCUACUUCGUGCCCAUCUUCCACCUGGUAGCAAGAGCCAAGACACUGGGCAUAAGCAGCAUGGAUGCCUCUUACCUCAUUGCAGUGGCUGGCAUCACAGAGAUGGUCAGCCAGCUGCUCUCGGGCUGGGUUGCCGACAAGAACUGGACCAAGAAGUAUCACUACCAUGUGACUUACCUUGUCCUCAGUGGCAUCACCAACCUGCUCUGUCCUCUGGCCACCACCUUCCCCCUGCUCAUGACCUACACCGUGGCCUUUGCUGUUUUCUCUGGUGGGUUCAUGGCUCUGGUCCUCCCUGUGCUGGUAGAUCUGGUGGGUGUUGAGAAACUCCACAGCUACCUGGGGUUUGCUUCCUUCUUUGCUGGGAUAACAGCUGUGGGAGGACCUCCUCUAGCAGGGUGGCUGUAUGACUACACCCAGACAUAUGCCUGCUCUUUCCUCUUCGCUGGAGCCUGUGCUCUCAUCUCACCUAUCUCUUUCUUCUUUGAGCCUUUGGCCCAGAAAUGGAAGCUAAAAAAAAGCAACCUGAACAACAGCCCCAAGCUUGGCUGAAGCCAUUCUGCAGGGGAAGGUUGAAAGGAUGGUCUUUACUUGCUUCCAUGCUCGGGAGGCGACUGCCAGCACAGCCACAAACAGCCACCGUCAUUAACAGAGGGAUUUGUAGAUGACAGAUUCACAGCUUGUAUAUCUAGCUGGUUUUCCUUCAUGUGUGAUUAAAGCCAUCUAAGAAAUA